CCUGAUCCAGCUGGAGGGAUUCCUGAGUGGGAUGUGCUGCAGCUGCGAGGCAGUGUACCGUGUACUGUACUGGGAGAACCCCACAGUCUCUUCCCAGUUUUAUGGGGUGUUGCUAGGCUCUGUCUGCGUCCUUUACCUGCUGCCCCUCUGCUGGGUCCUGGCCAUCCUCAACAGCACCCUCUUUCUGGGCAACACUCAGUUCUACCAAGUGAUAAUGGAGCUCAAGGCCUCGAUUGAGCAGCGUGUGGGUACCAAACCCCUCGAGAACACUCCAGAGCCUGUUGAACCCCUGCCACCUGCUGCCCCUCCGGAUCGAACCCCCACACCCACCAGCACAGAGGACCUUACCCCUGGCAGUGUGGAGGAGGCAGAGGAGGCAGAGCCUGAUGAAGAGUUCAAAGAUGCUAUCGAGGAGGAUGACGAGAGCUCUCAGUGCUCAGCAGAUUUUGACCUCAGCCUCCCAGACAAUGGUUUUAUGAGCAAAAACGAGGUGAUCCGCAGCAAGGUGUCACGCCUGACCGAGCGCCUGCGCAAGCGCUACCCCAGCAACAACUUCGGGAGCUGCACGGGCUGUGCAGCCACCUUCUCUGUGCUCAAGAAGAGGCGGAGCUGCAGUAACUGUGGGAACAGCUUCUGCUCCAGAUGUUGCUCCUUCAAAGUCCCAAAGGCUGUGAUGGGAGCCACAGCCCCAGAGGCUCAGAGGGAGACGGUGUUCGUGUGUGCUCUGUGCAACCAGGUGCUCAUCAAGUGA